AUGAGGGUGGAAGAAGGUGCGGGUGAGCAGGGCGUUGAUGUUGAUGCAGGUGGUUGGCCGGAGGAAAAAGUGGCGGUGUGCUGUGGGGGAGCCAACUAUUGCACGGCAAUGCCGGCGACACACCUUGCCCGCCCGCACCCGAGCAGGCGGGGCGGCGGCGGCGGCGGCCGCGGGCGGCUGACAGCUGAAAUUAAGCGAUCGGCCACCGCGCGCAAUUACGCCGCGAUUAUCCUGCGGCGGCCAAGACUGUGUCUGGACAUCAACGCCUGGGAUGGUCACAACGGCCUAGCGCUAGCGCUGCAGUUUCUGCAGCUCAGUGCGCACGAGCAAUUUGCAAAGGAGCAGAAGAUAUACGAUUUUUCGUCUUCUACUUGUAUAUUGGUAGGAGGAAACUGA